UAAUUAUCAUAAAUGAGGGACAGUUUUAGCAAAGUUUGUCUAACUAUGUUGGUCGUCUUCCUAAGCACUUUGCUUGCGGAGAAGAUUGAUUUUUCUAAUUUAAAAAACAAGAUGCUCAAUAGUAAAAGUAUUGAUAUAUUCAUGGAUGAUUAUAUUGGCAAAGAUAGUGGAGUCAGGUUCUUUACGUACCAAAAUAUUAUUGAUUUAUUCAAAGAAAUUGAAUCCCAAUUCUCCUUUUCCAGGGUACAUUCUAUUGGAAAGAGUUUUGAAGAUAGAGAUAUUCCGUUACUUACCUUGGGAGAGAACUAUAAAAAAUUUGAAGAAGGAGAUUCCAAAGAUAAUCCUCCUGCUAUUUUACUAACCUCAGCACACCAUGCACGAGAGGUUGUUGGAGUCUCUAUGAAUAUAUAUGUUGCUCUCGAGUUGCUGUAUAAUUGGGUCCAUGACAAUCCAGGAACGCAUACAUUACUAGAGAAUCAUGUUUUGUAUUUCCUCCCAAUGGUCAACGUUGAUGGCUAUUACUUGAUAUCAGAAGGAUGGGAAAAAUCUCAUUUCUUUAACUAUAUUCGAAAGAAUCGUAGGAAUGAUGGCGGCUGAGUGGGUACUAGUAUCGGUGUCGAUCUAAAUAGAAAUUAUGACUUCAAAUGGGGUUUGGAUAACGACGGAAGCUCCCCCAAUAAGUGCCAAGGAGAUUAUAGAGGGGAGAUGCCGUUUAGUGAACCAGAAACUCAAGCAGUGAGGGAUUUCAUCACCUCGAGUCAGCAUAACGUCAAAAUUGCGAUAAAUUUUCAUACUUGGGGUAACCUCUUCAUUAUUCCUUUUAACUUUGAUAAUGAAUCAAAUAAGGAUAUGAUACAUAAGCCUAUUUAUGCAAUCUAUGAAGAUAUUAGAGACCAAGGGAAUCUUCCAGAAGGAAUGCUUUUUGGGAAUGGAAAGCAGACCAUAAAAUACAAGGCAAAUGGAGAUGCUACGGAUUGGAUGGCAACUCAGAAUGACUUACUUGCAAUUUCACCUGAAUUAGGGAUUCUAAAUACUGCCUCAAAUCGGUUUUUCCCUAAUUUGGAGUUUGUCAAGCCCAUAAUAAAGGAGAAUUAUCCUUGGGUAAACUAUACAAUUCAUAAAUUAUCAGCACAGAUUGACAUUAAAAUACUUAGUUACGAAAAAGAGGUAUGAAUGAUUGAGAAUUGAACAACUAGACCCCAAAAAAUUCAGAAAUUUCAUGUCAAUAUCCAAGCUCAAAAUCUUGGUUUCUCGGUAACAAAGAAUAUAUCUAUCAAAAUCCUGGCAGAUAGUGAUAUCAAAAUUCUGUUGAAAGAUGACCAACAAGAUAGAUUUGUUCGAUCAAAUGAGCUAACGUAUCCUAGUUUAGCGAGUCUUGAGUCUACAGUCUGGAACCUAAGAGUAGAAGUACCCAUGACUAAAUGGAAAGAGUUGAGUUCAGCCUCUGUUAAUAAGCCCAAUGAAAAUGCUUUUCUAUCAUUUGAGAAUUACAAAUAUCCACUGUUUGCUUCCUCAGAAAAGAGCAUUAAAGCCUUGACCAUUGCUUCCUUGGUUGAUGCCAAAGAGACUGCUCCAGAGGAUCAAGCUAAAACAAGCAUUUACUAUUAUGUAAUCAUUGUGUUUAUCAUUCUUGUCUCAGUAGCUAUUCUAGUCGCGUACUGAUUCAUUAAGAAUAAGAAACCCUCUAGGAUGAUACAUCUUGAUGGCAAGAGACAUCAAGAGCUUGAGAUGGGCUACCCAAGAGAUGCGCCUGGUUCCAAAGAAGAUCGAAGUAUUUACAGCAGUUAG